AUGGUGGCUCAGGGAAGAGGCAGUGCGGCCACCGGUCUGGUCGCCGGCGUCGUGCUCCUGUGCGCGCUCCUUCCAAUCACCGGCGCGGCCGCGAUGGCGCGGCAGGCGCCGAGGACGUACGUGGUCGGCGACGACAAAGGGUGGGGUCGCGACCUCAACUCAUGGUGGCCGAACGGGAAGACCUUCUACGCCGGCGAUGUGCGCGUGUUCAAGUACGACAAGGAGCUCCACGACGUGUCGGUGGUGGGCGGCAAGGGGUACCAGCGGUGCGAGGUGCCGAGGCACAGCGCCAAGAGGUGGGUGAUGCGCACCGGGAACGACCAGGUGACGCUGCGCAGGGGCAACAACUACUUCAUCUGCGGCCUGCCGGGCCACUGCGACAAGAACAUGAAGCUCGCCGUCAAGGCCUGGUAG